AUGAGUGCUGUGGAAUUUCGACGUCGAGGUCGUCAGAUGGUUGAUUACAUAACUGACUAUGUGGAGAAUAUCGAGAAUAGAAGGGUUGUCCCAUCAAUUGAGCCUGGUUAUUUGAAAGAACUUUUACCUUUACAUGCACCACAGACAGCAGAACCAUUUGAAAGACUUUUGCAGGACUUUGAGAGUUAUAUAAUGCCGGGGGUCACCCAUUGGUCUCAUCCCCGUUUUCACGCCUAUUUCCCAGCAGGAAAUUCUUUUCCUUCAAUUUUGGCUGAUAUGUUGUCUGAUGCUUUGGGCGCUAUUGGAUUCUCUUGGGCUGCAUGUCCAGCAAUGACUGAACUGGAAAUUCAUAUGCUCCAAUGGUUUGGUGAGAUGAUAGGCCUUCCUGUUGCGUUUUUACCGUUUACAGAAAAUGGGACAGGAGGUGGAGUCAUUCAGAGUAGCGCCUCAGAAUGUAAUUUUGUCGCUCUACUAGCAGCACGUUUUGAAAUUAUGAAAGAAUUGCGUCAACGUUUUCCCUUUGUUGAGGAAGGAUUAUUAAUGUCAAAAUUAAUAGCCUAUUGUUCAAAAGAAGCCCAUUCUUCUGUAGAAAAGGCAGCAAUGAUUGCAAUGAUUAAAUUGAGAAUAUUGGAAACAGAUUCGAGUUUUAGACUGAGAGGGGAAACUUUGCAGACUGCCAUUAGUGAGGAUCGCAAUCUUGGACUAAUUCCCUUCUUUGUAUCAACAACCCUUGGAACAACUUCUUGUUGCUCGUUCGAUGUUUUGUCUGAAGUUGGGCCUGUUUGUACACAUAAUGGUUUGUGGCUGCAUGUUGAUGCUGCUUAUGCUGGUUCUGCAAUGAUUUGUCCAGAAUUUCGAUAUUUAAUGGCCGGUAUUGAACAUGCAAUGUCAUUCAAUACAAACCCAAAUAAAUGGAUGUUGGUGAAUUUUGAUUGUUCUACAAUGUGGGUGAAAGACCAAUUCAAAUUAACACAAGCAUUAGUGGUUGACCCUCUCUAUUUGCAACAUAGUUGGACUGAUAAAGCAAUUGAUUACCGUCAUUGGGGCAUCCCCCUUAGCAGACGCUUCCGUUCUUUAAAACUUUGGUUUGUUAUUAGAAGCUAUGGUGUUGAAGGUUUGCAGCAUUAUAUUAGAGAACAUGUUAGACUUGCAAAACUCUUUGAAUGUUUAUUGUUGGCUGAUGAUCAAUUAUUUGAAGUUGUUGCUGAAGUACUUAUGGGACUUGUUUGUUUUAGAAUGAAGGCAUCGGAUGAAUUAAACCAACUACUUUUAACAAAAUUAAACAGCAGUGGUAGAAUACAUAUGGUACCAGCUUCGUUAAAUGAUCGUUUUGUAAUUCGUUUUUGUGUAUGUUACGAAAAUUCAACUGAAAGAGAUAUUCAUAUUGCUUAUGAAAUAAUUAAACAAACAGCAAUUAGUUUGAGAGAACCAAUACCCGAACCUAUAGCAGAGAAUUAUGAAUUAGAAAUGGAAGAAGCUGAACAAUAUGAUCAAAUGAUGCAGGACAAACAGAAGAAUAGAAAUUCGCCAAAUGUAGAAUUGAAUAAAAAUUCGUCUUUAAGACGUCAAUCAAUAGGUUCUACAACUCCUUUACAUCCUCAACAACAACCACAAAAUUUGGGCAAUUCUCCUUUAGCUGUAGGAAUUGGAAAUGAACAAGCUUUGAGUGGACAUUCACCAUCUUCUUUAACUUCAUCAACGGGAUCGGAUCGCCGUAGACUACAUACUUUAGCUGAAAAACGCUCUUUCCUUGUCCGUAUGGUUAGUGAUCCAAAAUGUUACAAUCCAAAAAUUGUUCGUCAUUUAAAUAUGAGAGCACAUAAUCAAACAUCUGCAGAACUUUUUAGAGACAGAACAUUGAGACAAGCAAUUCAACAAGGAAGUUUUCAACAAAGAAGUAGUUUGGGUGCUGGCACAUCUCAUGGUGGAAGAAUUGGUGGGGCAGGAAAAGCACCUUUUAGCAGUGGAAAAUAUGCAUGUAUGAGUAUAGAUCAAGGAUCAGAUGAAGAUGAUUAUUCGUCUUUAUAUUUCCAAAAUGAUCAAAAUAUUGGAAUUUAA